AUGCCAUCAAGUGACAUAGAAGGAAUUAUAGUGGAGAAAGUCAUUGAUGUUUUAUUAGCACAAGUUGAAGAGCGAGAUUCAGGAUGGUCCAUGGUGGAAAUCAUUCAUCUCCAAGUCAAUAUUAAUAGAUAUGAUCCAUUAGUAGCAGGCGAAUCAACUUGGAUUGCUCUACCACAGUUCAUUCAAAAUAAAAAAGCAGUGCUAAAUAUCAAGAAUAAUGAUCAAUGUUGCUUUUUUUGGGCAGCUACAGCAGCACUAUUUCCAGCUGAAAAUAACAUAAACAGCACAUCAUCAUAUCCAGAUUUUAGGACGAUUUUCAAGUAUCAAGGUAUUAAUUUUCCAACAACCUUAUAUGAUAUUCCAACGUUUGAACUAGAUAAUAAUCUUUCAAUUAAUGUUUAUGGAUUAAAGAAUAAGGAUAAAAUAGUUCCAUCAUACUUAAAUCUCUCCAGAUUGGUUAGUUCUCAAAUUUCUAAUGGUAAAACAAAAAAAUUUCUGUGUAAUAGAUGUUUGUGUCAUUUUAAAUUUCAACAAUCAUUCGAUAAUCAUCGGGAAGAUUGCAUUAAAAUGAAUAAGACUGCUAUUACCUUCCCUGAAAAUGAUGAAAAAAUUAAGUUCAAAAAUCAUAAAAAUAAGGAACAAGUUCCAUUUGUUGUUUAUGCUGAUCUGGAAUGCAUUCUUGAACCGGACGAUACGAAACAAAAACAUAUUCCAUGCAGUGUUGCUUUCUAUGCUCAUUGCUCAUUUGAUAAAUCUAAAUCUUAUUUUUCAUUGAAACGCGAUGUAGAUUGCAUUGAUUGGUUCAUUGGAGAAUUAAAAAAAUUAUCAGAACAUGUAAAAGACACUAUUAAACAUGUUGUGCCAAUGAAACCAUUAACUUUCCAGCAGCAGAAAGCUCAUAAUGAUGCUAAAAAAUGUCAUAUUUGUGCUUAUCGUGGUCCUGCACAUAACAGAUGUAAUUUAAAUUAUCAAUCUUCUCACAUCAUUCCUGUUGUUUUUCACAAUCUUUCUGGAUAUGAUUCUCAUUUUUUAAUUAAAUCUUUGGUAUCAACAUCAUUUGAAGGUAAAGUCGAAUUAUUACCAAUCAAUAAAGAAAAAUAUAUAGCUUUCACCAAAACAGUUGAUUCAUUUAGAUUCAUGGCUAGCAGUAUUGAUCAAUUAGCAUCUUUUUUAGAUAAUGAUAAAAAAAAUAUCACUAAAAGAUUUUACAAUGAUCUGGAAAAAUUUAAAUUGGUAGUGAGAAAAGGUGUUUUCCCCUAUGAAUAUAUAGAUGACUGGGAUAAACUUAAUGAAACUCAGCUUCCUGCUCAAUCAGCUUUUUACUCAAAGUUGAAUAAUGCAAACAUUUCAGAUGAAGAUUGUCAACAUGCACUCACUACUGAUGUUUUACUAUUAGCAGAUAUCUUUGAAAAUUUUCGUGAGAAUUGUCUAGCUGCUUAUAACCUUGAUCCAUUACAUUAUUUAACUGCACCAGGUCUAGCUUUCGAUGCUAUGUUAAAAUACACAGAAAUAGAACUUGAUCCUUUACAAGAUGUUGAAAUGUUGAAUUUUAUUGAGAAAGGUAUAAGAGGAGGUGUAUCUCAAUGUAGUAAUAGAUAUGCUAAAGCUAAUAAUCAUUACAUGGGAGAUAAAUAUGAUCAAAACAAAGAUGAAUCACAUCUGAUGUAUUUUGAUGUGAAUAAUCUUUAUGGUGCUGCAAUGAGUGAAUAUUUACCCACUGUAGAUUUAGAUUAUCCACAAUCAUUAAAUGAACACCAUAAAGAUUUACCAGUAUGCCCUGAACAUUGGCAACCACCAGAUAGCAAAUGUGAAAAGCUGAUGACAACGUUAUUGCUAAAGAAUGAAUAUGUAAUACACUAUAGAAAUUUACAGCAAUGUAUUGAACUUGGUUUGAAAAUCACUAAAAUUCAUAGAGUUUUACAGUUUAAACAGUCAGCUUGGUUGAAAAAAUAUAUUGAUUUGAACACAGAGAUGAGAAAAAAGUCCAAAAAUGAUUUCGAGAAAAACUUUUUUAAACUUAUGAAUAACGCUGUUUACGGAAAAACUAUGGAAAAUGUGCGUAAUUAUAAAGAUAUAAAAUUAAUUACAAAAUGGGAGGGAAGAUGGGGUGCACAAAGUCUAAUAUCACAACCGAAUUUCCAUAGCAGUGUCAUUUUUGAUGAUGAUAUGAUAGUUUAG